AACCAAUCAGAGUGGAACUGUGGCAUUUUGCCCGAGGGGAAAACUUACCCCUGGAUGCGUUAAUUACGCAUCACUUAGCUGUUGCCAAUGUGUUCACAACGGUGGACCCUCUUUUGGGCUUUUUACAACGACUGUCUUCAUUUUUCGGUCAAUCUAGUAUGGAAAGUAGACAACAAUGGCUUACCAGGCUGAAAAAUGAACUUAGCAACAGUCCUCUGGUAUCAAAUGUGGCGUUUGGCUUUAUCCUCAUGGGACUAGAGAAGCUGGUGGAGCUGGAGUUUGAGUGUCCUUGCAACCCUACAUGGAACGGAGUGUUUUCAUCAGCCUUCUUCAUCAUUCCUGCCGUCAUGGCCUUCACCUUGAUGCUGAUCAUUCAAGGAUGCAGAUGUGAUACGUGGUGCAGGAAAAGUGUUUCCCUCUCCAGUUUUGUCCCUGCUAUCGUGUGGCUGAUUUUGUUGUUCCUCGAUGGCCAAUACUUUGCUUGUGCUAUGACAGACUGGGAGGGUAGAUUUGUACUAGUUGACAAGGCAGCUCCGCAGAAGUGGUGUGAGCCAAUUAGUGAGGGAGAUGUCACCCCACAAGAACUAAUGCUCCGCUCACAGCAGCUGUUUGUUUUUUCUCAGGUUAUAGGCAUAGUCCUCCUCAUUUUCAUCUGUAUGGGUCUCAUAGUGUAUGUAAUCAGAGAAAGCUGCCAACAAGAGGUGGAGAUGCAGGAUGCAGAUGUAGCCGAGCUCACUGUCCUCAGGAUGAGCUCUCUACGGACCAGGACAUCAUGAGAAGACUUACACCGCCCACCACACCUGCCCUGCUGGCAUGGACACUUUGUAAAUACCUUGAACAGACUUUACUAAGAGUUUUCAUAACUAUUGUCAGUAAGUGCCGUUUGAAAGUAUUUUCCCCAAUACAAACUGGACAUAAGUCUUUUACGUUCAAUGAUGCUGUUUUUUCUGUAUUAUCAAUGGUUUGUGCCUGUUUUCAUAUCAUGCGUCAGUGCAUUGACUUAUUAGUUUUUACCUAUAGAGAUAGCUUAAUGUUUUGGGAAAUAUGCUUAUUCACUUUUUGCCGAGAGUUAAAUCAGAAGACUGAUACCACUCGCCAACAGCCGGUUUGCUUAGCGUAGCAUAAAUACUAGAAAUUGGGGAAACAGCCAGCCUGAAGGCCACUCAUUAAUCUGUUAUAUCUCAUUUGUACAAAAAACAGUGAUAAAACAAUAUUUUGCUGUUUUAUAGGGGGCGUCCGGGAUAGACUAUUUCUUGUAUUAGAGCACUAGGCUGGCAACCAGCAGAGAUUUCAGGUCAUUACUGCAAGAUAUAGUCCAUCACAUAACCAUGCGUAAACUGAAUUACCUGUUUCUCUCUUUUUCCCAUGUUUAUGCUAAGUUCAGUUAACUGGUUGCUGAAUCCAGCUUCACGUUUACAGGAGAAAAAUGAGAGUGGUAUUGAUCUUCCCUUCUAACUCUGGGCAAGAAGGCAAAUUUAAAGCUGAUUUACCAAAAAGUCAAACAAUUCCUUAAAAGUGAUAUUUCACUUUGGCACAUUUUGUGGACAUGAAUUGCUGCUGCCAGCAGCUCUUAGAAACUCAGUAAGCACUGCUGUCUUACUUUCAAAAUUUUCAAUCCUUGAAAAUAGUAUUUCUUUUUCUCUUUUUUUUUAAACCUGGAAGUUUUUCAGUGUGUUUUGGAUUAGCUAUAUUGACACAAGUGGAAUCCACCAGUCAGCUAAUAUUGAUCUGACUGAAAUUAGUUGAGGUGUCUUUAACGUGUGCAUGCCAAAAAUGAAAACGUGAAAGUGAAAUUUCACUUGAAAUAUUUUCGUUUUACCACCUGGGCAGAAAAUGUCUCCAGACUUUUGAAGGAUCAGACCUCCAUCAUGUUUAAUUCUACCUAACAGUGAUGAUUCAGACCAAACUGAUAUUCCUAAUGAUUUACCUGUUUGACUGCUAGAGAUGUAAAACCAUGUAUGUGAUGAUUUGUAUCAUGGCUGCAACCAGCCAAUAGUAGGAUGUAGACACAAAUUCUAUAACAGUAUUUGCAGUAUGUUUUUUUAAUUGUUUUUUGUAAUAAAAUAAUUUAUUUAUUGAAGUAAAACCCUCAGGGAUUUUGUACAGUCAUGUCACAAUAACAUAGUAGUUUCCACAGUCCUAAAAACUGUCAUGGGAAUUUGAGUUUGUCUUAAAGUGUGAUCAGCUCAGUUGUGAACCUAGGGUUUUAGUGUAACAUCUCUCUACCUUGUAAAAGUACCAAUACACUGUUGGAAAAA